AUGACAGGAAUUUUGACAGCUUGCAAAGUGGUGAAGACUUUGAAAGGCAGAUUGGAGUUUUGCAAAGUGUCUGCUGAUCACUGGAGUUUCUCAAGGACUGGUACCAGGUUGUUGAGCAUCAAGGCGCAGACAGCGAACUUGGUGCUGAAAGAUGGAACGAAGAUGAAGGGCUAUUCUUUUGGCUAUCCAUCCUCCACAGCAGGGGAAGUCGUAUUCAACACUGGUAUUUCUGGAUACACUGAAGCCUUGACAGAUCCCAGCUACAAAGGACAGAUUCUUACUCUGGCUAACCCCAUUGUUGGGAACAGUGGGGUGCCUGACACAGCUGCCUUGGACGAAAUGGGCCUCAGGAGGUUUCUGGAGUCCGAUGGAAUCAAGGUUUCAGGUUUGCUGGUGCUGGAUUACAGCAAUGAGUACAGUCACUGGCAGGCUGCAAGGAGUCUUGGGGAGUGGUUGCAGGAAGAAAAGGUGCCUGCUCUCUAUGGGAUUGAUACCAGAAUGUUGUCCAAAUUAAUUCGUGACAAGGGCACAGUACUUGGGAAGAUUGAAUUUGAAGGUCAACCCACAGAGUUUGCAGACCCAAAUAAGCAGAACUUAAUUGCAGAAGUUUCAACAAAGGAAGUCAAGGUAUAUGGCAGAGGGAAUCCAAUUAAAGUUGUAGCAGUUGACUGUGGGUUGAAGUACAACAUUAUUCGUCUGCUGGUAAAGCGAGGUGCCGAAGUACAUCUGGUUCCAUGGGACCAUGAUUUUAUCAGCAUGGAGUAUGAUGGCCUCGUAAUUUCUGGAGGUCCAGGGGAUCCGAUGAAUGCCCAGGAGGUGAUUCAGAGUGUCAGAAAGGUGCUGGAGAGCAAUCGCCCAGAGCCUCUGUUUGGAAUUAGCAUGGGGCAUGUGAUCACUGGAAUAGCAGCCGGAGCUACUUCCUACAAGAUGCAGAUGGCCAACAGAGGACAGAACCAGCCUGUCCUGAAUGCAGUGAACGGACAGGCCGUCAUCACUGCUCAGAACCACGGUUAUGCCAUCGACAGCUCUACCCUCCCACCUGGCUGGAAACCUCUCUUUGUCAAUGCCAAUGAUCAAACAAAUGAGGGAAUUAUGCAUGAGACCAGACCAAUUUUCACAGCACAGUUCUACCCAGAUGCAAAUCCCGGGCCGACAGACACAGAGUUCCUGUUUGACUCAUUUAUUUCACUGGUUAAGAGAGGGAAAGGCACUACCAUUGCUUCGGUCCUGCCCAAGGCUGGAGCAGCAGCUUCUAGAGUGGAGGUCUCCAAAGUUCUCAUUCUUGGAUCCGGGGGCUUGUCCAUCGGUCAGGCAGGGGAAUUCGAUUACUCUGGAUCUCAGGCUGUGAAAGCCAUGAAGGAAGAAAAUGUGAAAACUGUCCUCAUGAAUCCUAACAUUGCUUCAGUGCAGACCAAUGAGACUGGCAUAAAGCAGGCUGAUGCUGUCUACUUCCUCCCCAUCACUCCUCACUUUGUCACGGAGGUCAUCAAGGCAGAAUGCCCUGAUGGAUUAAUUUUGGGCAUGGGUGGCCAAACAGCUCUCAACUGCGGAGUGGAACUCUUCAAGCAAGGAGUCCUGCAGCAGUAUGGUGUGAAGGUCCUAGGUACAUCAGUUGAAUCCAUCAUGGCUACAGAGGAUAGAAAGCUUUUUUCUGAUAAACUGACUGAGCUAAAUGAAAAGAUUGCUCCUAGCUUUGCAGUGGAAUCGAUUGAAGAUGCUUUGAAGGCAGCUGAGAAGAUUAGCUACCCUGUCAUGAUACGUUCUGCUUAUGCCCUUGGUGGUCUGGGGUCAGGCAUAUGUCCUGAUGAGGAAAGUUUGCUGGACCUUGGUACUAAGGCAUUUGCAAUGACUAACCAAAUUCUGGUGGAAAAGUCAGUUGUUGGCUGGAAGGAGAUAGAGUAUGAAGUUGUGAGAGAUGCUGUUGAUAACUGUAUUGCUGUCUGCAGUAUGGAAAACAUCGAUGCCAUGGGAGUCCACACAGGGGAUUCUGUUGUAGUGGCUCCAAGCCAGACACUUGCUAAUGAGGAAUUUCAGAUGCUGAGGGAUCGUGCCAUCAAGGUUGUCCGACAUUUGGGUAUUGUGGGAGAGUGCAAUAUCCAGUUUGCUCUGCAUCCAACUUCCCUGGAGUACUACAUCAUCGAAGUUAAUGCCAGACUCUCAAGAAGUUCAGCUUUGGCAUCCAAGGCAACAGGGUAUCCGUUAGCUUUCAUUGCUGCCAAAAUUGCCUUGGGGAUCCCCUUACCGGAAAUCAAAAACGUGAUGACAGGAAACACCUCGGCCUGCUUUGAGCCCAGCCUGGAUUAUGUUGUUACCAAGAUACCCCGCUGGGAUCUGGACCGCUUUCAGGGCACCUCUAACCGGAUUGGAAGCUCCAUGAAGAGUGUGGGAGAGGUUAUGGCUAUCGGCCGCACUUUUGAAGAGAGCUUCCAAAAAGCCCUGAGAAUGUGCCACCCCUCUGUAGAUGGCUUCACUUCACUCCUGCCCCUGAGUAAAGCCUGGCCAGCCAGCACAGAUCUCCAGAAGGAACUUUCUGAGCCAUCCAGCACUCGGAUAUAUGCAAUGGCCAAGGCUUUGGCUAACGAAGUCCCUGUGGAUGUCAUUCACAAGCUCACGGCCAUUGACAAGUGGUUCCUGUAUAAGAUGCGUGGCAUUGUGAACGUGGAGAAGAUCCUGAAGGAAGCAAACAGUGAAGCCGUUCCAGAAGAGACCCUGAGGAGGGCCAAACAGCUCGGCUUCUCGGACAAGCAAGUUGGGAAGUGCCUGGGGCUGACUGAACUGCAGUGCCGGCAGCUGAGACUGAGGAAGAACAUAGCUCCCUGGGUGAAAAAGAUCGACACGCUGGCGGCAGAGUACCCUGCAGUAACUAACUACCUGUACGUCACGUACAGUGGGCAGGAACACGAUGUAAAAUUUGAUGACUGUGGAGUGAUGGUGUUAGGCUGCGGACCGUAUCACAUAGGCAGCAGCGUGGAGUUUGAUUGGUGUGCUGUCUCCAGCAUCCGCACACUGCGUCAGCUUGGCAACAAGACCGUCGUGGUGAAUUGCAACCCGGAGACGGUGAGCACGGAUUUUGAUGAGUGUGACAGACUGUACUUUGAGGAGCUGUCAUUGGAAAGGAUCCUGGACAUCUACCAAUAUGAGGAAUGCAGUGGUUGCAUUAUUUCUGUAGGUGGGCAGAUUCCCAAUAACUUGGCAGUGCCACUGUACCAGAGUGGAGUGAAGAUUCUUGGCACGAAUCCUUUGCAGAUUGACCGGGCAGAAGAUCGCUCUAUUUUCUCAGCUGUUCUGGAUGAGCUGCGUGUGGCCCAGGCUCCCUGGAAGGCAGUCAGCACUCUGAGAGAUGCAGUUGAAUUUGCAGGCUCUGUGAGUUACCCAUGUUUGCUGAGGCCUUCCUAUGUUCUGAGUGGGUCUGCAAUGAAUGUAGUAUUCACCGAAGAUGAAAUGAAUAAGUUCUUAGCAGAAGCCACAAGAGUCUCUCAGGAUCACCCUGUGGUACUCACUAAAUUUAUUGAAGAUGCCCGUGAGGUGGAAAUGGAUGCUGUAGCCAAGGCAGGAAGAGUUAUCUCGCAUGCUGUUUCAGAGCAUGUGGAGGAUGCAGGUGUUCACUCUGGAGAUGCCACUCUCAUGUUACCCACACAGACGAUUAGCCAGGGAGCCUUGGAGAAGGUAAAAGCUGCUACAAAGAAGAUUGCAAAUGCAUUUGCCAUUUCUGGUCCGUUCAACAUUCAGUUCUUGGUGCGAGGCAAUGAUGUACUGGUGAUAGAGUGCAACUUGCGGGCUUCACGCUCCUUCCCUUUUGUAUCCAAGACUCUGGGUGUGGAUUUCAUUGAUGUGGCCACGAAAGUGAUGAUUGGAAAAGAGGUUAACGAGUCAACCCUCCCCACGCUGGAGCAGCCCAUUAUUCCCUCCAAAUACAUUGGGAUUAAGGCCCCGAUGUUUUCCUGGACCCGACUGAGAGAUGCUGACCCUGUUCUGCGAUGUGAAAUGGCCUCUACUGGGGAGGUUGCAUGCUUCGGGGAGGAUGUGUACUCUGCCUUCCAGAAAGCUAUGCUUGCCACUGGGUUUACGUUUCCUAAGAAAGGAAUUUUGAUCGGAAUCCAGAAGUCCUUCCGCCCCAAAUUCCUCAGUGUAGCAGAACUGCUGUGUGAGGAGGGCUUCAAGCUUUAUGCCACAGAAGCAACCUCUGACUGGCUCAAUGCAAACAGUAUCCCAGCAAACCCUGUGGCAUGGCCAUCACAGGAAAACCAGCAUCCCAGCCUCCCUUCAGUCAGGAGGCUGAUAAGGGAUGGGAAAAUAGAUCUGGUGAUUAACCUGCCCAACAGCAAAACCAAGUUUGUCCAUGAUAAUUACAUGAUCCGGAGGAUGGCUAUUGACAGCGGGAUUGCUCUACUCACUAACUUCCAGGUGACAAAGCUUUUUGCUGAAGCUGUCAAAUACUCUGGGAAAUUGGACUCCAAGAGUCUCUUCCACUACAGACAGUUUGACAAUGGAAAUGCUGCAUAGAAGAGCGAUGUCCAGCCUGCUAUCUU